AUGGUAUGCUAUCGAUGGGUGGAUGACGGUAGUGGUAGAAGCGAUCGUCGAAUAACAAAUGGAUUGCCUGGAAGAUAUGCUGCUUUGGAUCCACGACUGAAAGAAGAUCCACCUAGUCGGGAAGAUCUUGCUAAUGCUGUGUUCUUUCUAAGUACAGUUGGACCGGAUGCGCUAUUUCGGAUGAUCCUCAAAAAGCUGCCCCAUGACCGCACACCAGAAGAACUGGAAUUGGUCUAUGAAGAACUGCUCCAUGUCAAAGCCCUCUCACACUUGAGCACGAUGGUGAAACGUGAACUGGCUACUGUCAUCGGCUAUGAACAUCAUACUCAUGCAGGUAAAUUGGGGUUCUGCAUACUUUAUGCAUAAUC